UAUGUAGAAUAAGAUAGAAGAGAGAGGGCUUUCCAGGGCACACAGCUCUUCUGUUGCACAUUAUACAUGAAGGUUUGUUUAGUUUUGUUUUGUUUUUUAACAAUGACCUUCUGCUGUUUGCAAAAUUUUAAUGGGAACUUUAUAAUACACAAUAGUUUAUGGAAAUGGGUAUCAUUGUGAAAUGAUGCAGCCAGAUUAUAUGAUACCUUCUACCUGUGUGAGAGAUCUUGCUUCUUUCAAAAUUGCAAAAGAUGUUCGAUUUCCUAUGUUUUGUAUAGUAAAUCUGAGGAAUGCUGGAUUAACAUCUGUGUAAGCGUGGGCAGAAAAAAAUAUAGAAAUGGAAGAUCCAGAGUUCACAUCUGCAUCUUUUCCGAUCACCAGAAUUCCAAGACCACAAAUUCUACUUUCUAGACAUCUGUUUCCUCUGGCUAACAGCCUGCAUUCCUGCUCGAGCACAAUGAACCUGCCCGCAGCCACCACUUCCAGGCAGGACCCUGAUGCUCUCUACAUGAACGACUUCUGGCGAGAAGUUGAAACAAUCAAACAGACUCAAGGAUCAGAGGGUGACGACAGUAGCUCCUCCGAGGCCAGCACCCCAGAGGAGGGUGAGGCAGAGGCAGAAUGGCUUCAGGACACUGGUCUCUCCCCUCUUAUUGGUGACCAGAGCCCUGCUGAGGACAACGUUUUCCUGCUAUCUACUCUGACCCACACUCAGGCUGCAGCUGUACAGCGCCGUGUUGACAGCUACUCCCGCUCCCUAAGAAAACGAGGCAAGCAGACGACGCGUGAUGUUAGAGAUAUAUUCACAAAAGCCAGCAGCAUUACCGAAGUCUUACUGGAAGAAAAUGAGACUGAACAGAAGAAUAAUCCAUCUGCAAACACUGAGCAUACCCAAACAUCACAUACUCCUGGUGUUCCCAAUAUUUCAAGCUCCACAGAUGUUUUUAACACAGAUGUAGCAUAUUCUGAACAGGCAGCAAGCAGGCUGAAGAUGUGUUACAUGCGAAAGAGCCACACAGCAGAGCACUCCGGGUCACUUCCUACAUUUCAAAUGCAUAAAGGGCGUCUUGGAGUGACUCGGGUAUCAGACCUAUCUCCUGCUGACAUGAAGCAAGUGCUUGCUCUGGUUUUGAUUGAGCUGACUGCCUUGUGUGAUGUCUUAGAUCUGGACCUGAAAAGGAAUAAAGCUGUGAAACGCAAGGCCACAGAAAGUCAUCUCUUUGGAGUGGCACUCAAUACUAUGCUCGAACAUGACCAGAAAAUGAUCCCCAAUACGAAGGUCCCUCUCAUAAUGCAGGCGAUCCUGACCUGCUUGGAGAAAAAUGGACUUGAGACAAAAGGGAUUCUGAGAGUUUCUGGCUCCCAGGCAAGGGUUAAGUCCCUACAGCAACGCUUGGAGAGGGAUUUCUAUGCUGGCCUUUUCUCAUGGGAUGACGUUAAUCCCCAUGAUGCUUCUGGCCUGCUCAAACUCUUCCUGCGUGAGCUCCCUGCCCCACUUCUCACUGCUGAGUACCUCCCUGCAUUCACUGCUAUACAGUACAUCCCUGACCUAAAGGAGAGGCUUCAAGCGCUGAAUCUGCUUAUUCUUUUACUCCCAGAGCCAAACCGUCACACUCUGAAGGCCCUUCUGGAGUUUCUACGGAAAGUAGCCUCUCUGGAGAAUAGUAACCUCAUGUCCCUUUGGAACAUCUCCACUAUCAUGGCCCCCAACCUCUUUUUAUACCGAGGGAACACCAGUAAAAUCCCUGAAGGAUGUGAGAAGCAAGUGGCAGAAGGGACAGCUAAUUUGGUCAUGGCUAUGGUUCAUUACCAAGAUCUGCUGUGGACGGUUCCAUCCUUCCUGGUUUCUCAGGUUCGGAAGCUCAAUGAAAAUAGCAGCAAAAGAUACCCAUUUGGUGACCGAAGACUGCGCAACUUUCUGCGCAAAAUCCACGCCGAUAAGGAUAAAGCAGAAAAGAUUCUGACAGAGCCUUGUAAGCAGGUGAAGAUCCGUACCUCCCACUUUCUGAAAGACUCUCUGGCCGUCCGGCUGGAGGAGGGAACACGAGCUGCAGAUGUCCUGCAGCAGUUCCAGAAACACUUGGGACAGCGCAGCUUGCAGAUGGUCAGUGCAGUGGGCCUGAUAAAAUGCAACAAUUCAUUGGAGUUCUCCAAUCUGGACCUGUAUGAAGUGGGAGGAAAUAUCACCGAACACUGUCUAGAUCCUGAUACAUACCUUUUGGACUUAUACAAUGCCAAUCCUAAUGGAGAAUGGGUUAUCAAACCCCGCACAAAAUCACGGCCAGUAUUAUAGGGUUAUUUGUCAUUUGACACACUAUACCUUAUCAUGGUGAACUUGGAAAUUACUAGCGGGCAGAGAUGGGAUCUACAUUUGCCAGUGGUUUGAGUAGAUUCUGAAGAGCUGCAGAACUUCCAUUUUCCUAAAGGAGCCGAAAAGCAUCCUCUGUAGAUCUUCCUCAUUCUAAGUGCCUCUUUGCCUUACUGUUACAUGUGUACUAUUUUGCAAGCAGGGCAGGUUAUCUGAACUUUUAAAAGACCUAAAACUACCAGAUAGUCUUAUUGUCUUCAGUGUUUGUUCCCGCUGAAUUAUUUGUGUUGGUACCUUGUUGCUCAGUACUGUUAUUUGCUCACAGCUGGAACUCUGAUUUCUGGCAUUUAGACUUGAAUACACGUUGUUGUUCACUCCAUAAGAACAGCACAUGGGUUACAUUAACAUUUGUUGUGCAUGAUUGACUGACAUUGCAAUGGUGCUAAUUUGUGCUUGAAAUGCAAAAUCAUUUUCUGCUGAAUGGUCUCAUUGUCAUCAAGGGCAGACCUGCAUCUCCUUGGUACCCAAUGGUUGCACAGGAACUGCUAUAAUCUUUUGGAAUAUGGAGACUGGAGUGGUCUGAGCUGACCAAGCUUAUUCUAAACCCAUUGAUGUGAAGUAAAAGCCGAGUUGGAUAAAUGAUAGGAAAAGAAUAAAAACACUUGCCCUUAUAGGUUUUUAUUUUUUUAUUUUUUAAUAAUGUAUUUAAAACCCCAAAAUAUAAUAAAAUGUACUAUGAAAAACAAAUGAAAUGCA